GGAAAGCGACUGAUGUAACGGACAUUGCAACAACUCCCUAUAAAGAUACUUGGUUUAACACAGAAACAAAAUUUAUUCUCAACACAACGCUAAAGACAAUUCUACCAACCAAACAACAACAAUAGAGAUGAUGAGAAAGAGAGCAAGUGUGAAGAAAGAGGAGUUAAACAGAGGAGCUUGGACUGAAAAAGAAGACAAGAUCCUUAAAGACUAUGUCAUGAUCAAUGGUGAAGGAAAAUGGAGCACACUCCCAAACCAAGCUGGUCUCAAGAGGUGUGGCAAAAGCUGCAGACUUCGAUGGAGGAACUACUUGAGACCAGGCAUAAAGCGUGGAAACAUCUCAUCUGAUGAAGAAGAACUCAUAAUCCGCCUCCAUAAUCUCCUUGGAAACAGAUGGGCGUUGAUAGCUGGGAGGCUUCCAGGGCGAACAGACAAUGAAAUAAAGAACCACUGGAACACAAACCUCCGCAAAACACUUCCAAAAUCACAAACCAACCAACAGAAAAGUAUAAAAGAUUUCAACAGCAACAACAUGAAUAAAGUAUGUGUUAUACGUCCGAAGGCGAUUAGGUUCCCAAAGACUCUGACAAUUCAGAAGCAGAGUAGUAUUGGUUGUACCAGUCUUCUUACUGUGAAGGAAAACGUGAUGGAUCAUCAAGCUGGUUCGCCUUCGUUGUUGGGAGAUCUUAAAAUAGAUUUCGAUAAAAUCCACUCUGAGUUUCUCUUCUCUGAUUUGAUGGACUUGGAUGGUUUGGGUUGUGGAAACGUAAUGUCUCUUGUUUCAUCUGACGAGGUGUUGGGAGAUUAUGUCCCUGCUGAUGCUUCGUGUCAUGGUAAUCUUGAUCUCAAUAGACCUUUCACUUCUUGUCUUCAAGAAGAUUGUCUCUGGAACUUUAAUUGUUAGACCGUACAUAAAUCUUCAUCUAUUUCGUCUACCUGUACGAACAAAAGUAUAUAUUUAUAUUUUGUUUGAACGCUUCUAAUUACUAGUAAUUUUUUUUUGCUU